AUGCCGUCGCUCAUCGAGAUCACGGCGAACGAUCGUCUGGGCAGGAAGGUCCGCGUCAAGUGCAGUCCAGACGAUACAGUGGGCGACCUAAAGAAGCUCAUUGCCGCCCAGACUGGUACCAGCCCGGAGAAGAUACAGCUCAAGAAGUGGUACACCGUAUUCAAGGACCAUAUCACGUUGGGCGAUUGUGAGCCGGUGUGGCAGCUUUCAUCGUAUACAUGGGAUCGGCAGCUGACCCUUGGCCCUCUCUAA